AUGCCCACCCUCGCCAUCACCGGCGCCUCGGGCAAGCUCGGCGGCGCCGUCCUCCGCAACCUCCUCUCCCACGACCUCUCCCCGCCCGCCUCCAUCGUCGCCACCACCUCCGGCUCGCCCGACGACUCCCCCCGCUGGCAAGCCCUCAAAGACCGCGGCGUCGCCGUCCGCCACGCCAGCUACGAUGACCCCGCGUCCAUGGAGGCCGCCUUCCGCGGCUGCACCCGCCUCCUCCUCGUCUCCACCCCACGCAUCGGGAUGGACUUUGACGACGCCGCCCCCGGCCGCGGCCGCGAGGCCCACCACGUGGCCGCCAUCGACGCCGCGCGCGCCGCCGGGGUGCGCCACGUGUACUACACGUCGCUGGGCUUCGGGUCGGGAGCGGCGGCGGGGGCGGCGGCGGCGGGGUCGGGCAUGAGCGGCAGAAGCAAGGCCGGGGUGAUGCGCGCGCACGACCGGACGGAGGCGUACCUGCGCAGCCUGCCGCCGGCCUCGGACAGCAGCGGCGGCAUCGACCACACGAUCCUGCGCGAAGGCCUGUACAACGAGUCCUGGCCGCUGUAUCUGGGCCACGGCGAGCUGCUGACCGGGGGCGACGAGCGCGAGGAGGUCGUGGUCGCGGGGGACGGGCGGAUCAGCUGGGCGGCGAUUGACGACUUGGGGCUGGCGACGGCGGCGAUCCUGGCCGCCGGCGACGAGGAGCGGGCGCGGCGGUGGGCUGGGGCCACGGCGACGCUGGCGACGACGGCCCCGGUCACGUUGCGGGAGGUGGCGGCUAUGGUGUCAAAGGCCAGGGGGCGGAAGGUCGAGCUGAAGGUCGUGGGCCGCGACGAGCACGAGCGGUACUACGUCGAGCGGCGCGGCGUGGAGGAGGCGUACGUCAAGUGGUGGUCGACGACGUACGACGCCGUGCGUGACGGCGAGUGUGAUCACCAGGAUCCGUUGCUGGAGCGGAUCCUGGCGAGGUUUGGCGGCCGCAAGCCGAAGCCGAUUCGGGAGACGAUAGAGGAGAUGUUUGCGUAA